AUGGCUUCUAAACAAUUCAUUCUCUUUGUAUUACUAGUCUCUCUCUUUUCUUGCAAGGUCAAUUCGGCCGCCUUAGGAGGAUGGGAGCCCAUCAGUGACCCUAAGGACUCGGAAAUUGUGGAGAUCGGAAAGUACGCGAUAUCAGAGUACAACAUUGAGGCCAAGACAACUCUUGAGUUCAAUAGCGUGGUGAAGGGAGACACUCAAGUGGUAGCCGGUACCAAUUAUCGUCUCGUGAUUGCUGCCAAGGAUGGAGAAGUAGUUGGGAAGUAUGAGGCCAUUGUUUGGGACAAACCAUGGGAGAAAUUCCGAAAACUCAUCUCCUUUCAAAAAUUGUAA